CCCGGACCGGGUGUCAACCAGCUGCAAAUCUCAGGCUCGUGCCACCACAUGUCCAGUCCUCGACUUGCUGUUCCCCUUCCCUGCGGUUUCCCUUCCUGAAAAUUCCAACACCUGACGCUCAACAAAGUUCUCUGGGUUCUGACUGGAUAUUUCUCCUGAUGCCUGUACCCUCACGGUCUGCCACAAAACUCGGAAUUUGUUGACCUCUCUUUUCACGACAUCGAAGACUAGAUACGCAUCCCGUAGCGACGACCAUGGCAUCCCCGCCGCCCAUCGAGCUAGUGAGGCCGAUUGACACGUCCCUUCAACCGACCGAGUCCAACGCCAACGACCCGACCACACCCCAUUCGGCGACAUCUUCUGCCCGUCACCUCCAUCAAGACAGUGGGAUAGUCAAGAAGCUCUCGGCAAUCCAAGCGAUUCGCAAAUGGCCGUGGAUUUCAGUGUGGCAGCUAGCCCUCUCGUCGGGCAUCAUCCUCACCGGCUUUGACCUCAGCAUCGUUUCCAACGUGGCAUCCCUCCCCGCCUUCCAGGUUCAAUACGGCACGAUCUACGGCGACAAGUACAUCCUUCCGGCCCUCUGGCUCGGAGUCUGGAACGCCUCGAUUCCGAUCGGCGCCAUCGUUGGUGCCCUCGCCGCGGGCUUGCUUCAGGACGUGGUGGGACGUCGAGCCGCCGUCGCUGCCGCUAGCCUCCUCUCGGCCGCCUGCGUCGCGGCGGCUUUCUUUUCAGACCAGGCGGGCGUGGUCGACGCGCAGCGAGGCGUGUUUCUCGUGGCCAAGACGAUGCAGGGCUUCGCCACCGGCAUGAUGCUCUGCACCGUCGAGACGUGGCAAUCCGAGGUCCUCCCGCCGGCGCUCCGCGGGCCCGGCAUAGCGCUUUACCCCAUCUUCACUCUGCUCGGCCAGCUCGUCGGCGCUGUCGUCGUCCAGGCCGUUCUCGACGUCAAGUACACGGUCAACUACCGGCUCGCCUUGGCAACGCAGUGGCCCUUCACCGCCCUACCACUCAUUGUCUCGCUUCUGAUGCCGGAGAGCCCGACUUGGCUAGUGCGGAUGGGUCGGUUGGAUGGUGCGCGCAAGAGUCUGGCAAGACUGGGAUCUACAAGGGACGAUGGCGACGUUGAUGCUGAGCUCCAAGGCCUGAAGCGCAUCAUCCAGCUCGAGCGCGAACAGAGCGGCAACAGAAAGGUGGGCUACAUCGAGUGCUUCAAAGGAACAGACAGUCGCCGCUCAUGGAUCAUUCUGUUUGCGCGGGUCAUCCCAUCCUUCUUCGGCCUCCCGCUCUUCUCAACUGCUAGCUACUUCCUCCAAGUCCUCAACGUCCCGCCGCGCCUCAGCCUGCUCUUCACACUCAUCGGCGUCGUCAUCGGACUCUUCUCAAACUUUGUCAGCUUCUGGACGCUCACCACAUUCGGCCGCCGACCACUCAUUAUCGUAUCCAUGGCCGGUGCGGCGGUCAUGUGGGCAUCCAUCGGCAUCGCGGGCUGCUUCCCCUCGACGCUGCCGGCCGUGCAGUGGUACGUCAUCGUGGGCAUGAUGGUCACCAUCUCGCUGGUCGGCGUCGCGGCCUGGCCUGCCUCGCACGUCGUGGCCGUCGAGGCUUCGUCGCUCCGCCUCCGGUCCCGCAGCCAGGGCAUCGCGGGCGUCGCGGCCAACCUCGUCAUGGGAGUCGUCAGCAUUUUCCUCCCAUAUAUUUACAACCAGGACCAGGGCAACGGUGGCGCGCGCGUCGGAUUCUUGUUUGCGUUCCUCUGCCUGGUCGGCACGGUGCUGUCGUGGCUGUUUAUUCCCGAGAUGAAGGACCGCACCGUUGAGGCCGUCGACUCCAUGUUUGAGCUUCGGCUUCCUGCCAGGGCGUUUGCGAGCUGGCGACGCGAGGGAGAUGAGGAGCUGGAGGGUCGGGAGAAGCGCCCUGGCACUCAGGAGCGCGAAGCUCAGGAGACGACCGGGAAAAUAGUUUUGCCCAGAAGGCUGUGUGAGAUUAGGAUUGGCGUAGUUUGA